CCCUCUGACUUCAAGGUCGAAAUGCCAACCUUUGAGGGAAAAGAUGACCCGGAUGAUUUCAUCGAAUGGCUAGAGACGAUUGAACGCGUCUUUGACUAUACCGAAGUGCCGGAGGACAAGAAGGUCAAGCUUGUGGCCUUAAAAUUCAGAGGCUACGCAUCUACGUGGUGGACUAACACUACCACCAAGCGCAAAAGAGAAGGCAAAGCUGCUGUUCAAACAUGGACCAAGAUGAGGGCUUUAUUGAAGAAGAAGUUCAUUCCCACUCAUUAUAUAAGGGAAAACUUUGCUAGGCUUCAACACCUAAGGCAAGGAAAUUGGUCCGUAGAAGAAUACAAUCGAGAGUUUGAAGAACUCUUGAUGCGGUGUGAUCUCCAAGAGAAUGACUCACAAACCUUUGUGAGAUAUCUCUUUGGCCUAAACACCCAAAUCGCCAACACAGUGGAGCUGCAAACCUUUGAGAACCUUGAAGAGCUAACCAAGUUAGCACUUAAGGUGGAAGCCCAACUCAAGAAGGGCAAAUCUUCUUUGAGCCGUGGCAAUUCUUCCUACCCUAGUACAUCAAAUUCCACCCCCCUUGCUGCGCUUUGUCCAAGGCCUUUCCUUUUUGCUUGCAAUAGCUGGUUUAGCCACUGCUGUUGCACUUACUGACAUAUCUAUUGCGGAUGUAUUUGCCUGCAUAUUGGCUUUCAUACCCACUGGAUGGGGAAUUCUCUGUAUUGCAUCGGCAUGGAAACCUCUGGUGAAGAAAAUGGGAUUGUGGAA